CUCAGCAUAUUCUAUACUAUGAGUCUUGAACCACUUAGCGAAAGAGAACUUGUUAAAAAAUACCUCAAACAAUCAGAAUUAUUAAAAUCCUUAGGAAUAAAUAUUCUAAAAAGUUAUCCAAAUUCUCUUGCAAAUGAUAUUACAAUACCAAAGCUAGAGAAUUGUCAUGAAUAUAAUGAAGAAAAUUUUUUAAAUCCACCCAAAACAUUUACUAUGUUA